AUGUUUUCUGAGAAUGUUGAAGAAUUUUCUGUUUUUAUUAGGAAACUUGAGAUGGAAGCAAAGAGAAAACAAGAAGAAGAGGAGAGAAAGAAAAGGGAAGAUGAUGAAAAACGUAUUCAAGCUGAAGUGGAGGCGCAGCUGGCCCGGCAGCGGGAGGAGGAGUCCCAGCAGCAGGCAGUUCUGGAGCAGGAGCGCAGGGACCGGGAGCUGGCACUGCGCAUCGUCCAGAGUGAAUCUGAGCUCAUCAGCGAUGAGGGCCAGGGUGACCCGGCGCUCCGGAGAAAUGAUGGAACAAGACCCAAAAUGACACCGGAACAAAUGGCCAAUGAAAUGUCAGAAUUUUUGAGUAGAGGUCCUGCUGUACAAGCCACCAAGGCAGCUGCUGGUACCAAGAAACACGAUCUUAGUAAGUGGAAAUACGCAGAACUUCGUGACACCAUCAACACUUCUUGCGAUAUUGAGCUCUUGGCAGCUUGCAGAGAAGAAUUUCAUAGGAGACUAAAAGUGUAUCAUGCUUGGAAAUCUAAGAACAAGAAGAGAAAUACUGAAACAGAGCAACGUGCUCCAAAGUCUGUUACUGACUAUGAUUUUGCACCAUUUUUGAACAAUUCACCUCAGCAGAACCCUGCAGCUCAGCUUCCUGCCAGGCAGCAGGAGAUUGAGAUGAACCGGCAGCAGCGCUUCUUCCGCAUCCCAUUCAUCCGCCCUGCUGACCAGUACAAAGACCCCCAGAACAAGAAAAAAGGCUGGUGGUAUGCCCACUUUGAUGGACCCUGGAUUGCCCGGCAAAUGGAGCUGCAUCCCGACAAGCCACCCAUCCUUCUUGUGGCUGGUAAGGAUGACAUGGAGAUGUGUGAGCUGAAUCUUGAAGAGACUGGCCUGACUCGAAAGCGGGGUGCGGAGAUUCUGCCCAGGCAGUUUGAAGAGAUCUGGGAGCGCUGUGGAGGCAUCCAGUACUUGCAGAAUGCUAUUGAGAGCAGACAGGCUCGGCCCACGUAUGCCACAGCCAUGCUGCAGAGCCUGCUGAAGUAGAUGUUGCACAGGAGCCUUGUGGCGAGGAGCCCUGGCCGUGUUACUAGGUAGGGAGUGUGCCCAACAGUUAACCCUUCUCGCUUGUCUUAGAAUAAUUCCUUAUGCAAAGUGAACAGGUUUUAUUAAUCAUGGCUUUUUGAAUUUGUUUAAGGUUAAUUAAGGUUGUGGUAGUGAAUUUGGGAUCUAAAAAUUAUUUUCCUGUACCCAGCUGUAACCCGUACACCUCUCAUUAUGCUAAUGUUUGUUAUACUUGGACAGAUUGUAGCAUCUCUCAUUCUUUACCAACAGACUACCUUAAGUCCAUCAUGAAUGUUCUCAAGGAAAAGAGAAAUUGUUUUUAAAGGAUGACACAGAACCUUAUAACUGGAAUAAUGAAGCCUUAGCUUAAGUUUCUUACAAGAGUUAAGGUACUAAAUGAUCAAAUCCCUGCUGUAUAUUUUGUCUACUUUCUCAGAAAUUAAUGGAAAUUUCCAUCUUUGAUGGAAAUUCUGGUUUUGCCCCCUCCCCUUUGCAGCAUGUCUCCGUUUGGGUAAAGCAAUUCUCCCUAAGUUCUGGAAUUCUGGAGAGAGCCUUGAUGUAUGUCAUGUGACAAAGGAGGCAUUAACGGUGUCUGUCCAUCCAGCACACGUUUGGUUUUCUUUUCUGUCCAGUUGUGUGGUGUAUCAGAAUGUUACUUUGAUAUUUCAUGGACAAAUAAAGGAAAUUCAGAUAGUUUAAAUGCCUCAAAGUUUUGAGAUAAGUUUUGUUUUAUUUAGAAAGGGAAACAGAAGUGGCACUAUGUCUUAACUGGACUGAACUGAAAUAUUCUUUCAACUGCAUCUCAGUUUCAAUUUUUGUAUCAGAAUCUUGUCCAAGUUGUUUCAUAUGAUUUAAGCUGGUGUUGUUCUGCUUCAAGCAUCUCUCUCUCUCUCUCUCUUUUUCAUUCCUGGUGUCUUUUUUGGACUUUGAGAUUUUGGUAAUUUUAGAGCUGUUUUAUAAACUUUUGAGCCCUUGUACUUCAUAAUUGCUUGUUUCAUGUUACUGAUAAUUUUUUAAAAGUUUUCUUUGUGUGCUGUUAGUCUUGAUCAAACAUCAGCAGGUUUAAGCCUAAUAUGUAUGACUUUCAUAUUAGGAAUUUAGAGAAAAAAAAUACAUCAAGGAGUUAAUGUUGACAUCCUAAGGAGUCUUAUUUGUAU